AUGACGAACCAAGACCCCAAUACCAUGUUCGGUCUGGAAGACACAAGCAGCCAGGCUCCUUCUUCAGUCUUCAACAACGACAACAACAGCACCAACAACAGCCUCCCCGAUAGCGUCACACCCCAAGUGAACCCCCAACUUCCGCAAACAGAAUCAAGAACUGCCGAUCCUUCUACUAAUAGUUCUUUCUCGAACGACGAAUCGCGAUCGUACUUUAGCACGAACCCUAAUUGGCCGUUCGAUCCCUCAACCGCUGCAGACCAAGCCUCCGAACAACUAUUUCAUAACCCUUCUUGGGCCGUUAGUCAACAAGGCGUUGCCUCGGCCCCCAUAUUUCCAAAUCCCAUGACAGGUGGACAAAAUCCUGGCCAAAUAACCGCUCACGGCCAGACUAGGAAUCCGAAUGACGUUUUGAGCCUACCUCCUGGUUCGCUCGGCAACCUCACGCCCGCUCAACAAGAAGCCCUCCGAAACAUAGCUAUGCCAUCGCACAUCCAGUUCCAGUCGACGAGCACCGAUCAGCCGCUCGAGUCCCCCAACAGCCUGAGGCGCGGCGGGGCCUCGUCGCCCGAGAACGACGGCACAAGACUACCGACCAGGAAGCGGAAGUCGUCGGCCGAUGUCGACGAAGAAGAAGAAGAAGACGAUGACGGCAAUCAGCCCGUCAAGAAGACGGCGCACAACAUGAUCGAGAAGAGGUAUCGGACAAACUUGAAUGACAAGAUCGCUGCCCUUCGAGAUAGCGUACCGAGCUUGCGCAUCAUGUCGAAGAGCGCGAGGGGCGAAGAUACGACAGAAGAUCGAGAAGAACUACACGGCCUCACACCAGCCCACAAGCUUAACAAGGCUACGGUCUUGAGCAAAGCAACCGAGUACAUCCGACACCUAGAAAAGAGGAAUAACCGUCUACUAGAUGAGAACCAUGCCAUGCAACAACGAAUAGCGGCUUUUGAGAAGCUGUUCAUGGCGGGAGCGAUGAACGGCGCCAUUAGCCCUCUACAACAGCCGCCGCCGAUGCAAUACCCUCCGCAAGAGAACCAGCCUUUCAUGCCCCCGCCGAUCAACAACCAAAAUACAACGGAGGCUUCUCCGGCGGGCAUGAUCCAGGUCCCCGAGGACAUGAAGCGAAUUCUCCAAGCGCAAAUGAACGGACAGCCAUAUCCGGUACCGCAGCAGCCGUACAACCCGAACCCGUCGAUUGUGCGACAACAGCAGAUUCAACAAAUGCAACAGAUGCAGCAAAAUCGGUGGCGGAAUCAAGCACCUUAUCUCGGCAAGCUCAUGGUUGGGUCCCUUGCGGGGCUCAUGUAG